AUGAAGAUAUCUCUCUUCUUUACCCCACUCCUUUCCCUUCUCGCCUCUGCCUCUCCUGUGGCUCAGGAUGAGGCCGAGAAGAGGGGCGGCGAUCACGGCGGCAAGGGGGGCAAGCUCGAUUUUGACCUCGUCGGUUUCGCAAAGGACAACCCAAUCGGUCCCACCACGGGCGGCAAGGGCGGCAAGACCAGUGUCGUCGAGACCUUUGAGGCUCUCCAGAGUGCCGUCGCCGGUAGCGCAAAGAAGAUCGUCUACCUAAACGGCACACUCACCAAUCCUCCAGCACGUCUGGAGGUCGGUUCAAACACCUCGCUACUCGGCUGGGGUCGUGGUGGCGAACUCAUUGGCAACGGUAUUGAUGUGAAUGGUUCUGACAAUGUCAUCAUCCGAAACCUCGGUAUUCGCAAUGUCUUGAACGCGGAUGGUCUUCAGAUCAUCAACUCCACGCGAGUCUGGGUUGAUCACAACGAGUUCGAGUCGAGUGGUCUCGAGAAUGGCCCCGACUAUAAUGACGGACAGUGCGACAUCGUCCGUGGCUCCAACUGGAUCACCGUGUCAUGGAAUUACUUCCACGAUCACUGGAAGUCAUCUCUCGUCGGCAACAGCGAUGUCCUCCGCGAGGUAGACACCUUCAAGCUCCGCAUCACCUACCACCACAACCGCUGGGAGCGGGAGGGCACCCGCGGCCCCGCGGGCCGUUUCGGCCGCCAGCACGUCUAUAACAACUACUACAACGACUUUUACUUCCAGGCCGUCCACUCCCGCUCCGACAACCACGUCCUCGUCGAGGGCAACGUCUUCCGCGGCAACACCAGCGAGGCGCUCAGCACCUACGGCCUGGUCAUCCCCGAGGACAGCCCCAACACCUGCGUCUGCGGCGACGAGGAGCUGGAUGGGUUCGCCAACUUGGGUUCCGACAAUGACUUUGGAGGUGCUGGUGUCAACAUCACUAGGGUCGGUAAUUUCACCAUGGCACCGUACACGUACAAGUUGACGCCCCUCGACAAGGUCAUUUCUGAUGUUACCCGCGGUUCCGGCCUGGGCAAGAUCUAG